AAUACAACAUGUAGGUGAAGGCGCUUAACGAACUCCGACCUCGUCUUCUCCGUCCACUUCACUCCUCUAAAUCUCUCAGAUCUCUCUCACUGUGAUUUAUCGAAUAGCAACAAUGGCGGCUUCUUCUUCGUUUUUAUCAACAGCUUCGCUAUCCAAUCCCAAAUCCACCAUUUCAUUCGCUUCCUCCGUCUCCCCUGCUCCCAUCCCUUCCCUCCGCCGCGUCGUUUUCCGCUCUCCGUCUUCUCGCCGCCGAGUAAUGACGAUCCGAUCCAAGAUUCGCGAGAUUUUCAUGCCGGCGCUAUCCUCCACCAUGACGGAAGGCAAAAUCGUCUCCUGGAUCAAAACCGAAGGCGAGAAACUCGCUAAAGGAGAGAGUGUCGUCGUUGUUGAGUCCGAUAAGGCCGAUAUGGACGUGGAAACCUUCUACGACGGUUAUCUCGCCGCGAUCGUCGUCGGAGAAGGAGAAACAGCUCCGGUAGGCGCUGCAAUCGGAUUGCUGGCGGAGACUGAGGCUGAAAUCGAAGAAGCUAAGAACAAAGCCGCCUCGAAACCUUCCUCCUCCGCCGUUGUUCCAUCUCCUCCUCCAGCUACUUCAUCCCCCGCUCCGGCGAUCGCUCAGCCUUCUCCGGCGGCAGCGGCGUCAGAUGGUCCGAGGAAAACCGUAGCGACGCCGCAUGCUAAGAAGCUCGCGAAGCAGCACAAAGUGGAUAUCGGAUCCGUUGCUGGAACUGGACCAUUCGGUAGGAUCACGGCUUCCGACGUGGAGGCGGCGGCUGGUUUAGCUCCCACCGUGACACCACCGCCUCCUCCUCCUCCUCCUCCUGCAGCUGCACCAGCACCAACAGCUAAAGCUACCACCACUAGCUCGCCUCCUCUAUUGCCUGACGCCAGCAUCGUCCCCUUCACAGCAAUGCAAUCAGCAGUAUCCAAAAACAUGAUUGAGAGUCUCUCCGUUCCAACGUUCCGUGUUGGUUACCCAGUGAACACUGAUGCACUCGACGCACUCUACGAGAAGGUGAAGCCAAAGGGUGUGACAAUGACUGCUUUAUUGGUUAAAGCUGCAGGGAUGGCUCUUGCUCAGCAUCCUGUGGUGAACGCUAGCUGCAAAGAUGGGAAGAGUUUUAGUUACAAUAGUAACAUUAACGUUGCGGUUGCUGUUGCCAUCAAUGGCGGGUUGAUUACGCCUGUUCUACAAGAUGCUGAUAAGUUGGAUUUGUACUUGUUAUCUCAAAAAUGGAAAGAGCUGGUGGGGAAAGCUAGAAGCAAGCAAUUGCAACCUCAUGAAUACAACUCUGGAACUUUCACUUUAUCUAAUCUCGGUAUGUUUGGAGUGGAUAGAUUUGAUGCUAUUCUUCCUCCAGGACAGGGUGCUAUAAUGGCGGUUGGAGCUUCGAAACCAACUCUAGUUGCUGAUAAGGAUGGGUUCUUCAGUGUGAAAAACAAAAUGCUGGUGAAUGUGACAGCAGAUCAUCGUAUUGUCUACGGAGCUGAUUUGGCUGCUUUCCUUCAAACCUUUGCAAAGAUCGUUGAGAAUCCAGAUAGCUUGACCUUGUAGUACAAGUCAAUGAGCCGUUUUUUUUCUCAAGUAAACAAAAAGAAGAAGUGUUUUGAUUGUUAGGGCAUCUCCAUCCCCACUCUAUUUUUUUCUCUAAAAUGGAGUAAAAGUAAAUAUGGAGUAAAGAAUGUUCCAACCCAACUCCAUAUCUCACUCCAUAAUGAAAUUUACUCCAUAAAUGGAGUAAUCUAUUUUUUUUUUGUGCAUCACUCCAUUAUGGAGUGGAAAAUGGAGUAGGGUUGGAGCAAUUUUACUCUAUUUGCACUUUUACUUCAUUUUAGAGGAAAAAAUGGAGUUUUACAUUGGAGAUGCUCUUACACUGUUCUUAGUCCUGUUCUUUCUUUUGCAGAUUGGUUCACUUGUAUCUGUAGUUUUGGACCUGUGUUGUGUCUUGGUUUUUCCGGAGUAAUCAUUUUGGGUUUUACACAAAUAAUUUCAGCUUUGAAAUGGUUUUCCCGGAAUAAUCAUUUCAGUAGACGCCGCCCAUUAUCUAUCAUCAGUUCACCUCUGAAAUUUAUUAACAUUAUUCUAAAAUCAUCAUUUAUA